AUGUCGGAUAUUGCAAUUAUUAAAGAGGUACAGGUACAGGGACUCUUGAAUCGGAUCGAAACAUAUUCCUUCACCCUGGGGUAUUACCUCUGUCACCACCCACAGGAACCGCCCACGGUCUACACUCCUUCACAAGUUAUAGUCUCGUUUCUUGAAGAUGCACAAUCUAGCCAUACCGCUGCUGACCCUGAAGCACAGCGGGAGGAAUGA